UCUAAAUUAAGACUCUCUAUAUUCAAAGUCAUGCCACGUCACCUGAUCUCCCGUCUUUUUUGGAUUGCAUCGACCGCAUCCGGUCUGGCUCGUACACCGCAAGCGAACUCUGCAACCCUUCAUCUAUUUGAAGCCGGAUCUGCUAGCUAGGCAAAGCACUCGACGGCCGCACGGCACGGCGGCAAGAGGCAACACGCGCAGCAGCCUGAUCGUGGUGGCGGACCGCCGCCAUAGCAACGUCGCUGUUGGCCAGGCAUCACGCGGCAGCCUGCACGGGGCCUUGAUUGCAGCCAUCUACAAGCUCAAGUUGUGUCAACGAUGGAUUCUGAAGAUGAGUUCGAUACAUUUGUACAGAAUGAAAUACUUGAGUCCUCAUCUUCAGACAAUGGGGAUGAUUUAUAUACUGCUGCGCACAUAGUUGGAGAGGUCAAUGACAAUGAACCAAAUCGUCGAGGAUCUAUCGAGGGACAUCGUGUAUUGGAUCGAGAUAGGCAAUCUGGGCACUCCAGACUUUUUCAAGACUAUUUCUCAGAUGAUCCUACAUAUGGGCCGGACCACUUCAGGCGCAGAUUUCGAAUGAGGCGCCAUGUGUUUGUUCGUAUAAUGAAUGCGGUUGAGGAGCAUGAUGACUACUUUGUGCAAAAGAGAAAUGCAGCCGGUACCUUAGGACUAUCUUGUUUGCAGAAGGUGGUGGCCGCAUUUCGGAUGAUAGCUUAUGGUGUAGCAGCUGAUGCUACAGAUGACUAUGUACGAAUUGGGGAGAGUACUACUCUAGAAAGUUUGAGAAGGUUUGCCACAGCUGUUGUUGAGGUAUUUGGACCUGAGUACAUGAGAUUGCCUAAUGAGCAAGAUACUGCUAGACUACUUGCAAUUGGUGAGAGUAGAGGUUUUCCGGGAAUGCUAGGCUCUAUAGAUUGCAUGCAUUGGACCUGGAAAAAUUGUCCUGUUGCAUGGAAAGGUGUAUUUCGCGGACACAAAAAGGAGUCUACUGUAAUUCUAGAAGCAGUUGCAUCUAAAGAUCUUUGGAUUUGGCAUGCAUUCUUCGGGAUGCCAGGCUCACAUAAUGAUAUCAAUGUUCUUCAAAGGUCUCCUAUAUUUGCAAGACUUGCUGAAGGUGAAGGUCCACAGGUCAUCUAUAACAUCAAUGGGAACGACUAUACAAUGGGCUAUUAUCUUGCAGAUGGCAUAUAUCCAUCUUGGGCUACAUUUGUGAAAACCAUACCAGAGCCACAAGGGAACAAGAAGAAAUAUUUUGCCAAGGCUCAAGAAGCUUGUAGGAAGGAUGUUGAACGAGCAUUUGGGGUUCUACAAGCUCGUUUUGCUAUCAUUCGACAGCCAGCUCGUGUGUGGGAUGAGGAAACACUUGCAGUUAUCAUGAAUGCUUGUGUCAUUAUGCAUAACAUGAUUGUCGAGGAUGAGGGUAUUGACGAAGAUGAUUUCAAUUAUGAUGAUAUGGGAGAAAAAGUGAAAAUAUCCCAUGCUCGUACACCUGAACUAGAUGAAUUCAUUCAAAACUACAAGAACAUCCAGGACAAGGAAACUCACACACAGCUUCAAGCCGACCUUAUUGAGCACUUAUGGCAACAUCAUCCAGAUCUAUAUAAGAAUAUUAUUGUUGAAUGAAUUUAUUUACUAUUUGGAAAUAAUUGUUAGAUAAUUUUAUUUACCUUUAGAAUAUUAUCUUAUAUUCAUGUACACUUUAUUUGCUUGUAGAAAAAAUUGCAUUUUCAUUGAGUUAUUGAAAUAACAGACCGUGCAGUAGGCUAUCAUGAUUGAUCUCAUUGAGUUACUGAACAGACUUCACA